UCUUGUGUCAUUCCUUUGCACGAUCUGUUGGUGAGGGAGAAAGGGGACGUCAAGGGUAGCCUGGGCAUCUAUGUGAUCAGUCAGAACCCAGCGGAAAUGUAUGAGCUUGUGUGUAAGAGUAAGAGGGAGAGAGAGGAGUGGAUUCGAAUCCUGCAACAUGCAAUCAAAGCUUGUCGAAGAGAUGUAGGAUUGAAACCAGCUCAAGCUGCAAGUCAUGAAGUAAUUUUAUCCAAGCCGGUUGAUAUAAACAGAAAACUGGAAGUUGCCAGUAAAGUGAUGAGUAUAAUCAAGGAACUGCAUCAGAAGGAUGAGGUAAUCAGGGAAUGCUGCGAUGACAAGAACAGACUGAUGAUGAAAUUGUUACAGCUGUCCACAGUCAACAGUGAGGCCAGAUCUGUGAGUGAGGCCGGAUCUCGACCCAGUUCUCAGGAGAUAGAUGGUUUGAACGAAUCAGUGGAAAUUGUGCUCGCUGCCAUGCAGGAAGCCUCUCGACUGAUGGGCAUACUCCAGAAUACAGACUCCAACAUGGGUCGGAGUAUCAGUGUUGGUGAAGCCCGCACUGAAGACCAUGUGACCACAUCUAUACCCAGACGGUCUGAGACCUUCUCUGGCUUUGACAGCAGCCGUGGCACAUCUAAAACACUCGUUCGCAACCAGAGUAACGCCAGCAGUGAAACUGACAAAAUACUGACACAUAUAUCACACUCAAGACAAGAAGUGAAUGACAGACGUUACUCUGAUACACCAGACACCAUUUUAGUAUCAAAGUACGAAAACGGAAGCCAGUCCUUGGAGAAGCAGGUCAGCUGUGACACGUCUAGCGAGCACGGCUCAGUGGAUGAGUUGUCAGCAGCAAAUAUAUUGUCUCUCAUUGGUUCACCACCGGUUCAUGAUCAGAUGGCAUCAGUGUUUCAGCUGGUGCAGUACCUUAAUUCUCUAAUGAAUAUCACAAGCAGACAGUGCACAAUGGUGGAAAGUCUUCGAGCUGAACUGGAAGGAGCCAAGGAAGAAAUAUCUAGACUUUCAGCAGACGUGCACAGCCGUCAGUCAACGCUGUAUCGCCAUGAUCAGAUGGAAGAGCUCAGACAGUUACAGGGAAACUUAACUCUGGAGAAACAAGAGUGGGAGAAAAGAAAACUUUAUGACUGCUCACGCCUGCAGAGAGAAAGAGAAAACUUAGAAACUGAACGAAGACACAUUGAGAAAGACAGGAUGAACCUGAGAAAUGAUCAGGAAGCUCUCAAGAGGGAGCAAGAUUUGUUGCAUAAUGAGUUCAACAGAAUGAAAGAACAACAUUUGCGAGUAUCCAGAACUUUUGACAACAGAUUUAACGGCAGUGACUUAGAAAAUAUAGAUAGAGGCCAGCCAAUGUUGCAACAGAGACAUCUGGGUCAUCGCAGGUCAGCCUCAGAUGCUAGGUAUGACACAGUAACUGUUCAAGCUUCUGAAAGUUAUUCCCCUUACGCGUGGGUCAGAGCAGAUGAAUUUCCAUAUGAACCCCUUGAGUCAGUUGAUAGUGGAGAGGAUUAUGUCCCUUCUUCAGUAAGGCAAGACAGUUUUCCCUUCUAUGUUGAAGAAGGAAUGGCGGGUGGUGUCAGCCAUCAGAGUUUGCCGUUGAAGACUGAUGACAUUCCAUUCCCGAAUCCAGAGUCAGCUGCGGUUCCUGCGUAUGUGCCAUCUAGUUCAUUUAGUCGACAGAACUCCACUAGGUUGUCACGUGUUCAGUCAUUGUCUACAGUUUCCCGUAUUGCAUUCAGGCAGAACAAGAAGGACAGCAAGGGAUCUUCUCAGAAGGACAAGUUUUAUGAACAAACAAGAAAAUCAUAA